AAAGUUGGGGCUGUGCUGGGGCCGGGGACCGAGAUACCUCAGGUGGCCCCUGGAAAGCCUCAGUGGUUGGAGAGGAGCCGAGAGCCUGCCUCAAAGAGAGGGACCUGCUGAGAAGUUGACCCCUACCUGAGCUGGGAAGUCAAGCUGCGGGUCCCACAGCCCUGCUUCGUGGUGGCGCUCGCUCGUGGCUGCGUCUGCGCCCCAGACAUGAGGAUCCAGAUGGCCGUGAGGUGGACCUGGGCAGGCAAGAGCUGCCUGCUACUGGCGUUUUUAACCGUGGCUUAUAUCCUAGUGGAGCUCUCGGUCUCCACUUUCCAUUCCUCUCGAGGAACCGGCCUUGCCCUGGAGCGGUGGCAAAGACAACUCUCUGACUCUGAGGAAAAGGCAGAGGAUUUAUCUCGACCGCUCUAUAAGAAGCCUCCUGCGGAUUCUCAUGCACUUGGAGAGUGGGGGAAAGCCAGCAAACUCCAACUCAAUGAAGGUGAACAGAAGCAGGUAGAAGAGCUCAUUGAGAGAUAUGCCAUCAACAUUUACCUCAGUGAUAGGAUAUCCCUCCACCGCCAUAUAGAGGAUAAAAGAAUGUAUGAAUGUAAGUCGAAGAGGUUUAACUAUAGGAGACUUCCCACCACUUCUGUCAUCAUAGCUUUCUACAACGAAGCCUGGUCGACUUUACUCCGCACUAUUCACAGUGUUUUAGAAACCUCCCCUGCAGUCCUUUUGAAGGAGAUCAUCUUAGUCGAUGACUUGAGCGACAGAGUUUAUUUGAAGACGCAACUUGAAAGUUACAUCAGCAAUCUUGAUCGAGUCCGCUUGAUUAGAACCAAUAAACGAGAGGGGCUGGUUAGGGCCCGUCUGAUUGGUGCCACUUUUGCUACUGGAGAUGUCCUCACUUUUCUAGAUUGUCAUUGUGAAUGUAAUACUGGUUGGCUGGAACCACUUCUGGAAAGGAUUGGUAAAGAUGAAACAGCAAUUGUUUGUCCUGUUAUAGACACCAUUGAUUGGAAUACUUUUGAAUUCUACAUGCAGACAGGGGAGCCCAUGAUUGGUGGGUUUGAUUGGCGUCUAACAUUCCAAUGGCAUUCUGUACCCAAACAUGAAAGGGACAGGCGGUCUUCCAGAAUUGACCCUAUUAGAUCGCCCACCAUGGCUGGAGGACUGUUUGCCGUCAGCAAGAAAUAUUUUGAGUACCUUGGAACCUAUGACACUGGAAUGGAAGUCUGGGGAGGUGAAAACCUAGAGCUGUCUUUUAGGGUGUGGCAGUGUGGUGGUAAAUUGGAAAUCCACCCGUGUUCCCAUGUGGGCCAUGUGUUCCCAAAACGGGCACCCUAUGCUAGGCCCAAUUUCCUACAGAAUACUGCUCGAGCAGCUGAAGUGUGGAUGGAUGAGUAUAAACAGCAUUUCUACAAUCGAAACCCACCAGCAAGGAAAGAAGCGUAUGGUGAUAUUUCAGAAAGAAAGUUACUACGAGAACGGCUGAGAUGCAAGAGCUUUGACUGGUAUUUGAAAAAUGUGUUUUCAAAUUUGCACAUUCCCGAGGACAGGCCAGGCUGGCAUGGAGCUGUCCACAGUAUUGGGAUUUCUUCUGAAUGUUUAGAUUAUAAUUCUCCAGACAACAACCCCACAGGUGCCAACCUUUCCCUGUUUGGAUGCCAUGGCCAAGGAGGAAAUCAAUUCUUUGAAUAUACUUCUAACAAAGAAAUACGGUUUAAUUCUGUGACGGAGUUAUGUGCAAUGGUCCCUGAACAAAAGAAUUAUGUUGGGAUGCAAACUUGCCCUAAAGAUGGGUCUCCUAUUCCAGCAAACAUUAUUUGGCAUUUUAAAGAUGAUGGAACCAUUUUUCAUCCACACACAGGACUGUGCCUGAGUGCUUAUCGGACACCUGUCGGCCAGCCUAAUGUACAAAUGACAACUUGUAAUGCUCUAGAUCAAAAUCAAUUGUGGAGGUUUGAGAAGUAG